AUGGGAGAGGGCCAACAUCACGCCGAGUAUUCGAACUACCAAGGAGAUCUUUCCAAAGAAGAGACGUUGCAGUUGUUGGUUGAUUCAUAUGAAGCAGUAUCCAACGAUACCAGAAAUUGGGUAGCCAAUUUAUCGAACGCAUCGUCGUUAGUGUGGCAUGCAUAUCAUUCAUUAAAAGUGCCGGUGAACUGGUCCGGGUUCUAUGUGAUCAAUCCAACUAAACCCGAGGAAGAAUUGAUUUUGGGACCAUUUCAAGGGAAAGUAGCAUGUCAAAUCAUUAAAUUUGGUAAAGGAGUAUGCGGAACUGCGGUGAGCAGUCAAAAGACCCAAUUAGUUGCCAAUGUGAAUGAGUUCCCAGGGCAUAUAGCCUGUGACGGGGAGACUCAAAGUGAGAUAGUAAUACCUAUUAUCAAGGACGGGAAAGUGUAUGGGGUAUUAGAUAUUGAUUGUUUAGCACUUGAAGGAUUUGAUGAGGUUGAUGUUGAGUAUUUAGAAAAACUAGUUACUAAAAUAAGUGAAAGCAAUGAUUUUUAG